UUAAGGGAGGGCGACAAAAGGUGGGUGAGCAUGUUCCGAGGCUGCUGGCGAAAUAUGAGCUGUAUUCUAUCCAGCCACGGAGGCUAAACAAAAUAACCACAGAAAAAGGAGUCUAGUACUGGGCAAACAUGACACCCGAUCUGUUGUUCAUCAGUCAGUCUGACUAAAUGUGUACUCGUGUAGACUACUGCCCCACCUGAAAGGAUGCCGGUAACGUGACCCCUUACCUAUAUAAUGCUCUCUCUCAUCAAUGUGAAAGAGUGCCUGAACUAGCGCGUCACAAGGGUUGCUGGUACACCUGCUGGAGUAGGCUAACGUCCCGUCAGGCAGUCAUCAAGUUGUAUCUUCGUGUGGCUAAUGACAAUCGUCGCUUAUUUUGUCGUUUACCUGGACACAGGUAAGCUUUAAAUCUAAACAUACCGUACAAUCAAAACCGUCAGGGGGAAAAAGCACGACCGGGGAGAUCUUAUGAGAAUCGGGAACCCUGCAGUCAGUCCUCACCGGUCCAUCUGAUUGAUUCGCUGCACGGGAGAGGGCAAGAUGCCAGUCCAGAUUCCGGAUGAUACCGAUUUUGCGUCGUUCAAAGAACAAUGUGAAAACCACGAAGGAUGGAUAGCGCGGUACACCAAAGGUGGCGUGACGGUAUGGUGUAGAGACGGCGAUGACAGCAAAGGUGUCCAGAAACUCAAGAUGAAAAUUGUGUGCAAAGAUGUCACAGCAGAAACAUUAUAUGAUGUCCUUCAUGACACCAGCUACAGAAAGAAGUGGGACUCGAACAUGAUUGACACCUUUGACAUCGGAAGGCUGACGGUUAAUGCAGAUGUGGGAUAUUAUUCCUGGAGGUGCCCAAGCCCCUUGAAGAACAGAGACUUUGUCACAAUGCGGUCAUGGCUGCCCUUGGGGAAUGACUAUUUGAUCAUCAACUACUCUGUCAAACAUCCGCAAUAUCCGCCAAAGAAGGAUUAUGUGAGAGCAGUGUCACUCCUCACUGGUUACCUGAUCCAAUCCAAUGGGCCAAACUGCUGCUCCCUCUACUACUUAACACAAGUGGACCCAAGAGGGUCUUUGCCCAAAUGGGUGGUCAACCGAGUCUCUCAGAUUGUUGCCCCAAAGGCAAUGAGGAAGAUCUACAAAGCAUGCCUGAAGUACCCUGAGUGGAAGCGAAAGCACAACCCCAGCCUGAAGCCGUGGAUGUACCCCGAGCAGAACACGCUGCCGUGCAUCAACGUGGCCGACCUGACCCUGCAGCGAGGCGACUCCCUGGAGAAUAUUGACGAGAGCGGCCUCAGCGAGGAGAAGGCCCAACACCACAGCGACGACGACGAGACCUAAACGCUCCACAGGGACUGCUCACAUCCCUAAGUGUGUGUGGCGGCGUGCAAAAGCUAUGUGUGUGAGAGUGAGGAUGUGUGCAUGGGUUUAAUUGUUAUGCAUUACAUGACUCACUGUUUUUCUCUUUAUCUCUCAGUUUUGGUCCAAACAUACAGUAGGGUUUGCAUUCAGUAUAAUGAUGAUGGAAUACAUUGUACAGUUUCUGGCACGUAACACUCAACACUCCCAGCCUCAUCCUGAAAGUGAAGACAUUCAGCUGUAUGUAUAUAUGUACAAUUGAAAGGCAUAACAAUUCUGUUCAGAAAGUAUACAUCAAAAUAUUUUAAUGUAGAGAUAUUUGUACAGGGAUGAUUUAAAUAAGAAUGUUCAUUAAGAGAGUUGUGGGAAAAUAUUGUGUAUCCUUGAGUUAGAAUUACUACUAUUUGGAACGACUGUUUUACUACUGAUUAUCUAUCUUUUGUCUGCUUGUUUGGCUUGUGGCUGUUUCAACAGUUUUUGCAAUUUAGGUUAACUUCAGUUAGUUCAGAUGGAAUCAAAUAACCACAAGAUUCUACUCAUUUACCCUGCAGUCGACCUUACAAGACAUGUCCUGUGGAUAAAGCUGUUUUCAACAAUUGUUGACGGGUAUUUUAUGGCAUUAGUGUGGAGUUUUAGAUUUGUAUUAUACUGAAUGGCAUUAUGAUAAAUAUUGCACAUCCCUAAGAUCCCACACAGCCUCUAACUAUGGGGAAUUCUUCAGAAAUGUCACAGACUUGCGGAUGCACUUGGGGUCAAAGUAUUGUGCACUGGUUAAAGUGUGGUAUACUGUUCUCUAUGAACAUUUAGAUGAACUUGUUGAAGUAGAUAAACUGGAUCAUUGUGCCUUAAUACCACAUCACGGCAAUAGGUCUAGAUUUGUUUUGUUAUUAUUUUUAUUUUUUUUAAUGAAAAAAUGCAUAUACCGUUAUAUAUUUUAGGGCAAGUGGACUUAAAUUCCCUAAUGAUGACACCAAAAGCAAAGGUCUUGUAAACAUCAGUGAUGGCAGUGAUGGGGUUGUAGUCCAGUGGUUGUAGGCAGUUUCAAAUUAAUAAUGGCAAGAAUUAGAAGUUAGACAAAAGCAAGUACUUCUACUCUGCAUGGGUACUUAGGCAACCUUAAAAACUGAAUUGCAUACUUGUUCACCUCAGGGGUUGAAAAAUCAGGUGUGUUUUUCUUUAUCAUGCUAUGCUUUCUUAUUUCCUUUGGCUGACAGAUUUGUUUCAUACUCUCCUUUUCCUUCCAAGCCCCCUUUCUCUGUUAUGAAUAAAGACAUUAUGUUUUGUCUUGUAA